CAUCAAGCUUCGCCUCACCCUCGCACACCUCCCGUGUUUCUGCUACACCCCGCGUUGUUGUCAAUCGACGGCGCGCAAGAGUUUUUGUUUUCGUGUUUGCGUGUUGCCGUGUCCGGCAAAGCCAUGAAGAUUCGUUUACGUCGCUACUAGGUUGCACCAGGAUCUUCUGAGCAUGGCAAAAAACAGGAUGGUUACGAAACACUGCCCCAAAUGCGAACAACAGGUGCCCGUGGCGUGCAAGAGCUGCCCGUGCGGCCACGAGUUCUUCGCGAACCGCAAGUCGCGCGGCGUGUCCGAGCAGAGCAGCCAGCGGCCCCGGCGACGCACCGAGCGGGUGCGCAAGGAGCGCCAGAGCUACCUGACCGCGCUGGUGCUCGAGCAGCGCGCCGCCGCAGCCCGGGCCAAGCGGGCGCGGCGCAACGGCAGCCGGCGCGGACGGCCGCCCGCCAACCGCAGCUCGUCGCACGACUCCGGCGACGAGGCCCGCAAGCUGAACCGGCCGAGGUGCGGGCCCGCCAAGCCGGCCAAGCCCGUCGAACCUGAAAUGCCCGACGAGGAAGAAGAAGACGUGUUCGCCAGCUGCACCCAGGAACGCCUCGAGCUUUACGCCACCAUCCUGGCCGACAUCAACCGCAAGCUCAACUCGCAGCUCUUCCAUCAGCAGCUUUUAUGAUGGCCGGAAACCGCAGGACUUUCGCAGUUUACCCUUACCUUUACUUCGCUAUUCGACACCGCCGUGUUGUUUCCGUGCCGUUCAGUAGUCUGCGCCGCAGCGACCCGGUGGCGUCAGCACGUGGUGGGCGGGCCACCCACCUUUCGUUGGUGUCGCACUUUGGCCGGGGUGACGCACGCAGUGGUGCGCUGUAAGAUACUGCGCGCGUUAUAAAUAAGCGUAUGAUAUGUGUGCGGGGAGGGUGAGGCCCGCCGCGGUGCCGCAAAUCCCAUACUUCCGAGUCACCGCUAUACCGUGGACCACGGCCAAAGAAAGCUACGUGGCCCGCUGGUGAGCGUAUAGUUGACCUCAAAAUCAGCACCGUCCUAAAUAUUCGCGACAGCCUCGGUCGGGACCACGGCCCAGAUAAUGUAACGGUUCUGUUGCAGUCCUUUUUCGCGUUUCGUCAAAGGUCCGAGCGGUGCACCACCUACGUUACCAAGACCGGUCAUUCACAACCAGUGGAUGAUAUGAAUAGAUUCAGCCAAAGGGGAACCGUCAACGUUAUACCAACCCCGAACCAGCGCCGCCUCGCUGCCAUAUGGGGUUGAAAUAGAGAGGGUAUGCAGAUUCUGUUAACUCGGUUGUUCGGCUCAAAAUGAGCCGUUGAGUAUAUGUAAUCUAGGAUGAGAAAGCCUGUCGACGACGCACGGGCAGCCAUCAGCAACGAUAUCUUUCGCUUUCAGCAACUGCAAGGUCACGAACGUCCCGCGAUGUCGGGUCAAAUUGCCGAUGCCUGUCACCACCGUUUACGAAGAGACUGUAUUGAGGUUGCUCAUGACUGGUGUCGCUCCAAGUUCAAACUUCUGUGAACAAAUGACAUGGGCGGACGAGCAACGACCACGGGAUUCUUCUCACGGAAUGCGGUGCUCCUGAUUGCGACUCGUUGCUACAGUGAGCACAUUUUGCGUUCGUCGUCAUUGUUGGUGAACGCUUGUGAACGUGGGCUAGCGCGCCGAGUCAACGUGCUGUACGUGGGUGCGUUAGAAUCUAUGGUUGGAUGUACGGCGUGUCUAAACGGUGUGGUUCGGUGACGCCUCUGUGAACGACGCAGCUUCUUUGGCGUUCUCUAUUGCAUGGUCGCCCUGAUGCUAUAUUUUCACGUCAUAUGUUUCACGUCAUAUGUUUCACGUCAUUGCAUUGUCUACGUUUUGUUAUCCCACCCUGGUCACAUUCUAGGGUUACGUAUAUUGUUGCAGCCAAUAUUUUGAGUUUUCGCUUUCUUUUUGUAAUCUAGCUACUUGGUACUUCAAACGGCUUUUUGUCAAGCAUGAGCGGUUUGAUUUGCCAAACAUGUUGCUGCUGUUUUCUGUACAUCUAAUUAACCAAGCACUAUAGUGAUUAUCGGCACUAUAACAGAAAAAUUCCAACAGAAAAAAAAAAUGAAAGGGAUCUAUAGCCUCGCAUGUUGCCAGAGUCGUUUGGGUAAACUGAAGAAACACUAUAGCUACAUGUCCUUGAGCUGGAAGUGCGGAAACAGUGUGCAAACCUACAUUCACUACUGUCAAAUGGGAAAACAAGGUGUAUGAGAUGACAUCUGGGGCAACAAAUUGAUGUGCUUGCUUCCAUCGCACAGCCUCCGAGAUCGGGUGACGCGCACGAUCGCGACCCGUCCGAUAUCGGAGACCAUGUUUGGCUUCUGACCCAACAUACCCACCCGCGAGCCUUAUCACUCAUAUUGCACACUUUUUGUUGUAGCUUAGGCCAGAUUAGCUGGGAUGGAAGACGCUGUUGCCUUUUCUCCGAAAAUACUAAUAAUAAUUAAACAAUCGAGGACCAGAGUGGUUGAAGAGCAGUGGCGUCUAUAUAUACUGAUCUUCCGCCGUCACGGACGGACAAAUGUACAAAACAAAGCGAGGCAUUGUUAAACGUUGAGGUCGUUUGCUGCAAUCACAGUUUGAAAUGCAUGUUAGCCUUCGUUGUUUUUGUUAUAAUUCUUUUAGAAUACCAUGGCUUCAGAAACUUCCUUGCAAUAUCCUGCGUGGACAGCGUUAGGGAUUUUCAUCAAUUUUGAUCACUGUUUUAUAUGAAAAAAUGGUGGCGGGACGUCAGUGAUAAACUCGAGCCAAUGUGUGUACGAAAAGUUAAACGAACCGAGUGGCACUUAUGCCAGGUCUCAGUGUUGUUCCCGCGCACUGCUGUGGAAGCUGCCGGUCUAGUCGGUGCGUAGACCGAGCCCCAAGUGACGCAGCCGCUGUUGUGAGCGUUCUCACAAAUACUCUCUAAGAUUUCCAUUCGGAAUGCAUCAUGUGUAUGCGGAGUCGUAGUUAUCGCAAGUUAAAAUCAAUUUGUCGAUCUGCUUCUAGCAGCAGUGAAGUUCGGUUUGGCUUGGUUUAUUUCUUCUAAUGGCGUGUAAGCCGUAAAAUAGUUUACACCCUUAAAAGCGAACGAGGGUGUAAAUAUGUCCAACUAGCACUUUCACACAAAAGGGGUGUAACGCUGUGAGUUGGACAGAUUUACACCCUUAUUCACAUGUAAGGGUGUAAAUCUCACUGUAACUCACACCGUUGCACCAUUUUUGUGUAAAGGUGCUAGUCUGUCAAAAUUACACCCUUAUUCACUUUUAAGGGUGUAAAUUAAUUUACAGUGUACAGACUAUGGGGGAUUGGCCAAGGCUCGGAUGGACUUAAAGUCGUUUAAGUCUGAGGCUGGCGCUUCGUUUCUUUUAAAUCGCGCCCAGCUUCCACAGCGGUGAACGCCACUAGCCAAAUGCUGCAAAGUGUACGAAUGUAAAGUGUAUGAGUCUGAAGCGGCACACUGUGCAAUACAGGGGCGGUUAUUACGAUUCUGUUCCUUCAUUCGAGCGGGAUGUACAGCGUUCAGUGGGAGCGGAUGACCGGGGCUAAACGUCACGCUCGCCGUGUUUAACUGUUUUGUAAUCUGCGCGUUGGAGAAGGAUUGUGAGAGUCUGUUGCUUGCUUGGACACCUCGGAUCGUGGUUUAAAAUUGAACCGCUCUGGAGAGGAACAGCCUCGUAGUACGGCCCCGUGUUCCGUCGCCUUGUUGUCUAGGAGCCGCACUUUUUCCCUCGCGGGAAGUCCUUUUUAUUUCCCUUUCUGUAUCUACCGUGCACGACCCUUUCCCUCAGUGAUGAAACUGGCCGUGACGCAGACUUGUGGCCACUUGCAGGUAAUUGACCAGUAGAGCACACUCAAAUACAUGUGCAGUGAAGUACAGAUAUUGGGUUUAAUAGAGUGAUAAUAGAGCAUCUCUGGAACCGCAUUAGUUCACGAAAUACCAGUACACCAAAUAGACACGUGCGCAGUGGUAGCGCCGGUGUCGCCAUCUUGUGGCUGACGUCACAGAAAUAUAAUUGCAGUAGUACCUAUUCACUGGUGCGAAGGCUUUGGUAGCAGCAAUCAUUAGCCUAUAGGGGAUAUCUUUUUUCUAAAAAAAAACUUUCUGCGAGAACCAUGACGAAGCAGAAAAACAUGAGAGCAUCACCAGGUGGCGCUACCAGCUCUGUUGGUGCAAGGAGCCUUACGCUGGUGCCGUCGACGUCUGUGGUGUUCUCGUAUUGCUGACAUGAUAGCAUCUAAUAACGCCGAACAGAGAGAGGAAGUCCUGCGCUGUGUUGUACUUUUCUCCCAUUCUGUGCUUGUAUGUGCUCAGUGCUGGUCGCAUUCCUGCGACAUACCAUUUGACAGAACUGUCCACUUUGCUGUGUGUGGCCAAGAGGGGGUGUUUGACUUGAUCGAUCAUUAAACGCUGACUGGUGACACCUGUAA